AUGACAGCGGCGUUCGCGAGGUCCAGAUUUUACUCGUUAGCUGAGAAUUCAGCUGGUCCAUCCGUGCAACGAAGACGUCUGCUCAUCUGGUCGAUGGCCUCCCCCAAGGACGUUUUGCUUCGCGAGAAAUCCAUUCCAGAGUUCUUAGUGCCCAUGUGUCGUCUUUCUUCCCAUUAUAGACCAGCCCAUCGAUGCUUUGCCUUAGAGGCGUAUUCCGCUGGAUCGCGAAGACGAGACAUUGAUCUCGUAUCUGAACUGCGAAGCCCGACGAGAUGUUGA